GCUUCCUCCGCCACUUCCAGCCUCUAAGCCCUAGAAACCUCUGCAGCUGUAAACUUGAGCUCGAAAAAUCUCACCGGCGGGCGUUGCGUGUUUGAAUAAGCUUCAGAAAAUGGGGAGAGAGGUGGCUGGACAAAAUCAGCCGUCGGCGCUGUCGUACACGGUGGAGCAACUCAUCGUCGUCAAUCCUUACAAUCCAGACAUCCUCCCUGAUCUCGAGAACUACGUCAAUGAACAGGUUUCUUCGCAGACUUACAAUUUGGAUGCAAAUCUUUGCCUUUUGCGUCUUUAUCAGUUUGAGCCUGAGAGGAUGAGUACACAAAUUGUUGCUCGCAUUUUGGUCAAGGCUCUGAUGGCCAUGCCAGCGCCAGAUUUCAGCCUUUGUCUUUUCUUAAUCCCAGAACGAGUGCAAAUGGAAGAACAGUUCAAGACUCUAAUUGUUCUCUCACACUACUUGGAGACAGCAAGAUUCCGCCAAUUUUGGGAUGAGGCAGCUAAGAGUCGUCAUAUAGUAGAAGUUGUGCCAGGUUUUGAACAUGCAAUUCAAAUGUAUGCGAUUCAUGUUCUUUCACUGACCUACCAAAAGGUCCCUCGGUCUGUUCUUGCCGAGGCCAUUAACAUUGAAGGUCUUUCUCUGGACAAGUUCCUUGAACACCAAGUGUCAAAUUAUGGGUGGGUCAUAGAGAAAGGUCAUGGCAGGGGCCAACUCAUCACCAUCCCCCAAAAUGAGUUCAACCAUCCAGCACUGAGGAAAAACACAAGUGAUGGUGUCCCGUUGGAACAUGUUACCCGCAUCUUCCCCAUACUUGGCUAGAUUGAAUACCCACAAAUUGGGUAAUUCUCUCCUCACUAUGUGAGGUUGAAGAUGAGUCUGUUGAGCAUCAAUAGUAACUUUCUCAUUUGAAUUUGCUUUUUUUUUUUUUUUGUCAGAAUGGUAGUUUACAUUGCAGUUUGUAUCACUACUUGACAUGAAAUGUUAAAUUCCUUUUUGUUCUCUA